AUGAUCCAUAUUGGCUACCAGAGGUGUGAGUACGGUUGCUACAUCUAUGUGAGGAAACUUAUGGACAUGUUUCUUAUAUUUUUGCUGCUGUAUGUUGACUAUAUGCUGAUUGCAGCUAAAGACAUUACCGAGGUGAAUCAGUUGAAGACUCUGUUGGGAAAAGAGUUCGACAUGAAGGACUUGGGUGCAACGAAGAGGAUACUUGGCCUGGAGAUUCGUAAGGACCGAGUUGCAGGGAGACUAUGGUUAUUUCAAGUCGGCUAUGCGGAGAAGGUGCUGGAAAGGUUUCGUAAGGCUAAUGUUAAGCCAGUAAGCACGCCUUUGACGAGUCAUUUUGGGCUAUCUACUACCCAAUGCCCAAGGGUAGAUGAUGAGGUUUGUGAUAUGUCGAAGGUCCCCUAUGCCAGCGUAGUGGGGGUGUUUGAUGUAUGUCAUAGUGUGUACGAGGCCAAACCUAGCAUAUGCUGUCAACGUGGUGAGCAAGUUCUUCAUGAAUCUGGGUCGACAACACUAAGAUGUUGUGAAGUGUAUUCUCAGGUAGAGAUUGUUGGGGAUGUGACUUAUAUUUUGAGCAGGACGCACGUAUUGGGAAAGUUACGUGAGGCGAGGAGCAAGACUCGCUCAGCUGUUCAGAAUUCUGACAUGCAGAUCGCAGGAUCACAGGCAGCGGUGGUAGAGCUAGGAGAUAAACGAAUGAGUCCAAGGAGGGGAGCAUACAUGGUUGAGCCAAUGCAAGCUGAUUUGGAGUGUGAUUGUGAAUUAGAGGAAGAAGAUGAUUUAGAAGAGGUAGAAGUAGGGGCAAAUGAGGUCGGUGGACCAAAUGAUUAUGUGGUUCAACAUGAAGUUGUCAUGCCUCCUAAGAACACAGUUAUGGGUUAA